CGUGGCCGGGGGGAAGCCAUGGAGCGGGAGGACGGGGCGGCGAUCGUGGGGCUCCCCUUCCCGCCCGCCGCCUCUCGGUCGCCGGCGAAGUUUGCGCUUGACCCCGCUGGAGCCGCAGGCAUGGCGGCGGUGUCCUCCUACGAGAGCUUGGUCCAUGCCGUGGCCGGGGCUGUGGGCAGUGUGACUGCAAUGACAGUAUUUUUUCCUUUGGAUACAGCUAGACUUAGACUUCAGGUUGAUGAGAAACGCAAGUCCAAGACAACACACACAGUGCUACUGGAGAUAAUCAAAGAAGAAGGCCUCCUGGCACCGUAUCGAGGGUGGUUCCCUGUUAUCUCCAGCCUCUGCUGCUCCAAUUUUGUCUAUUUUUAUACGUUUAACAGUCUCAGAGCUCUCUGGGUCAAAGGCCAACAUUCUACCACAGGAAAAGAUUUGGUCCUGGGGUUUGUUGCAGGUGUCGUGAACGUACUCUUGACCACUCCACUCUGGGUAGUGAACACACGACUGAAACUGCAGGGAGCAAAGUUUAGAAAUGAAGAUAUUGUACCAACCAACUACAAAGGCAUUGUAGAUGCCUUUCAUCAGAUAAUACGGGAUGAAGGAAUCUUGGCUUUGUGGAAUGGUACUUUCCCCUCCUUGCUGCUGGUCUUCAAUCCUGCCAUACAGUUCAUGUUCUAUGAAGGGUUUAAACGAAAGCUUUUGAAGACACGACUGCAGCUUACCUCUUUGGAUGCAUUCGUCAUUGGUGCAGUAGCUAAGGCAGUUGCCACCACCAUCACCUACCCCAUGCAGACAGUACAAUCAAUUUUGCGGUUUGGACGUCACAGAUUGAACCCUGAAAACCGGACACUAGGCAGUCUUAAGAAUGUUCUCUAUCUUCUUCGACAGAGAGUAAGGCGUUUUGGAUUGGUGGGACUCUACAAAGGCCUUGAAGCAAAGCUCCUGCAGACCGUCCUCACUGCCGCACUCAUGUUCCUAGUCUAUGAAAAACUGACUGCUGCUACCUUCACAGUCAUGGGAUUAAAGCAUUCACAGAAGCACUGAGAAAGUGAUCUGUGCAGCACAAUGAGCAUGGAAAUAAACUGGGGGUCUGGAGAGGGAGGUCCAAUAUCUGAGGAAAGGCUGGGUAGCAAAGAAUUCUCUGUCUAAGGUCACCUUUUUCUCCAUUAGUUUCCAUUCUUAUUGUCUGUCUCGGAAGCUGCGUGAGGAGAAGUUUAGAGUGAAGUCCAGUAGGAUUUGCUGCCAGCUGUCUUUGUGGUGGCUUGUUCACUGUAUUGACAUUUUGCGACCCAAUUGUGUUAAGAAAUUAAAUGGAAAAGAUUAUUUUAGCACCUGAAAUUAAGAUUUGUUAAUUACUGGAGUGGUUUGGUUGGCUCUUUUAGGGGGAGGGAGUACUUUUACUGCACUUAAUUUGCCUUUUUUUUCAACUUGCCCUCAGCCAUUCUCCUCCCUGUACUAGCUAUCAGUAGCUCCCUGUCAGGUGUUCAUCUCACCUGGUAUUUGGUUCAUUAAAAUAGUUCAUGCAGAACCGGGUUUCUGGCAUAGUUUCCAUUUAAUUUCUGAUAUUUUUUUUCUGGUGGAGCAUGACUGGAUGUUAUUCCAAAUAUCUAUCAGAAGAUGAGACUUGUGAGAAACUAGAAUGCUCAUUUCCCAGGGCUGAGUGUGCUGUCCCUCGGAACCACCCUCCCCCCGCCAGUGAACUUGGAACUAGAUUGGCCAGUAACUGAAUAUAGGGAUUUCCAUACUGCAGCAGGCAUUUAUUCUGUCUAGUCUGGUACUCUAGCUCCUUCCCUCCUGAAACUAAUUGUUGGUUCAUUUAAUCCAGUACUGUGCCUCAAACAGGGACCAACGCCACGUACCUCAGAGAGGAGAGUAAGUCCCUUCUAUAGCACAACUAAUUGUAAGUGUUGUUUUUCUUCCUGGCCUCUGGAGGUGGUCAGUUUGUGCCAUGAAGCAUGAAAUGAGAUAAUUGUUGUCCCAGCUAGUGUAACUGCACGUGCUCUUCUUACUUAUUUUUAUUGUUGUAUAGUCUUAGUUCAUGAAAUUCUGUUAAGUCCCAUUAUAGCCUUUGCCAUGCUUGCAGCAGUAUCAUUUUAACAUGUGAUCUCAUAAUCCAGGUAAAAUCAUGCUGGGUCAGUAGCUGAAUAGCAAAGACUUCUGGAGAAAAGUCAGGUACUGCAGGAAGUAGCAUUUAGUAAAUGGCACUUUUUUGAGGCAUUACUGAUCCCAUCCCUGUAGUGUUGGGGAAUGCUGGUCUACCAUCUUAUGGAUGAGAGUGAAAAUUGAGGCCUUGACGCCUAGCACUCUUUGUGAGAGUAGUAGAGUAAAUCCAGCCCAAAUUCUGACAUGGAUAAUUCUAUCUGCCUAGUUAAAUUCUCCCUUCAAUUAUAAGUGGAUAAUUUUUCAGUGGGACAACAUCUUAAUAAAGAUUGUCUCAUGAACUACCUCUCCUUCCAUUCGUGAUUGCAGGGACCACUUCCACUCCAAUUUGCAUUUAUAGUACAUCCCUCUGAUAAUUACUGCAAUUGCUUACAUAGGCAGGUGAUAUUAGUGAGGUAUUUAAUAUUUUAAGCUUCUUUCAAUGCAAUUUAGUUGCUGGAAUCAAGGAGAAGAACCAGCACCGUGUGAUCUGUUACUCGCUGUAGACCACCUGUUAGUGUUUAAUGGACCACUAGUGAUCCACAGGUUAGAGUUUGAGAACUGCUAUCUUCACUUCCUGUAUUAAAUGAUGGAGUAGUAUUGCUGUGCAUUGCUAAACUGUUGUUGUGGCACAUCCCAGAACUGGCUGUACUUUAGUGGUAUACAGAGACAUUCAUAUAUUCAGUAUUUGUAUAGCAGGGAGUUUGUAUAGUGCUUUGGAAUUCACUUAUCUGAAAGUUGCAGUGUGGCCUAGGUAAUAAAAUUAAAACCAGA